CGUGCUGUGAGAAACAGAUAUGAAAAUAUUCUUAUUAAAAGGAUAGUAGGGAAAUUGCUGAAGUGAUUUUAGUUUUUGCAAGGAGCAGACGACGCGAUGGUCGGAGACAAUGAUCUCAGCUCUGACAGUGAUGAGCAGCUUAUUCAGUUGGAUGGAGAGUCGCGGGGCGCUGAUGAUGACCUCUUAUUGAUAGAGGAACCACAUGAAGGGUGUCCUACCAACAAACGCCACCUGUUCUGGGUGAGGUGGAUAUGUCACCGUCCAAAGACUAUGUUCGCCGUCACCGCUUCUUUCCACCUGACCGUUGUCGUGGUCAGUCUCGUUCUCUUUCUGACCGGAUAUGACAUCAUCCACCUUGUUGUCAAAGGGCUACCCGUCUACGACGUGGAUGACAUCAUGUACACGAGGUUCCUGGCCUGGUCACGUAAAGACCCAAAGUCACCAUUUGUCAUCAAAGUUAGUGAUAUGUACCCAAAACGAAGGAAGAGAAGUGUGGAUGACGAGUUUACCGCCGACCAUUUGGAGUUCACCGAGCGCUACUACCAUGACAUUAACAACUUGAUAAACAAUGGGAUUCUAUCUGCUCCUGCUCAGAUUGGUGAUAUAUUUGGGAAGAGUAUCAAAAGGUAUCCCGAUUCGAUGUUAGGUGGGAGGAUGUCACCACCAAAUCUACCGUAUGCCGCAGAUGGCAUGUCCAAAACUGAUUCCGUGCGUGUGUCCUUUGCAAAACUUCCGGCAGUGCGUGAACCAAAUCUGUAUUCUCAUUCAGCGCGUUCGCGGUUGAAGCGUUCAGAAAAACACGCUUGUAACUAUUGGUUGCAUGAAUGGUUUGAUUUCAUUUACGACACGGAUGCUGACAUCGACAACAUCCUUACUCCGAAAUAUUUGAAAGCAAUCCAAAGAUUUGAGACAGAAAUGACAAAAGAGUUCUCAGAAACAAUGUACGGACGAUAUGAAAUGUGCAUUUGUCAAAUUCCAUCAACGUGGUCAGUUUUGGAUGUCUUCGACAAAGACCUCAUUCACAUUCGAAAAGAUGAGGAGUCGACAUUUUUUCUUGCAAAAACAGGAAGUGUGGACAAUGAUACCAGACUUGCUCAAUCUCACAUAACGAGAUCCUAUUUUAGAGUGUGCACCAACGCCUCGUGGCAAAAUGGUGCGUUGCCGAGCUGGGGACACCAAGUAUUCCUCAGCCGCGCUCACCAACUUGGCGCCGAAAUUUUAAAACCAAAAGGGAUAACGCUCUCAUAUUUCAGCUUCAAUGUUUACAUGGAUAAAAUCUUUAAGACAAUCGUAAAUGGUGAUCUCUACCUCUUCUGUGGCAGUGUUCUAUUUAUUUUCGCUUUCAUGUGGCUUCAAACCGGUUCGUUUUGGAUAACAUUCUUUGGCAUCUCCAGCAUCCUGACCAGCAUCCUCGCCGCCAACCUCGUCUACAACUGCGUCAUCGGCUUCAAAUACCUCGGCAUCUUCAACCUGCUGUCAUUGUUUGUUGUCCUUGGAAUUGGAGCAGACGACAUCUUCAUCUUUGUUGACACUUGGAAAUGGCUUGAUGGAAAAUGCGACCAACAGGAAGAACGAAUCUCAAUGUGCUUCAAGAAAGCAGGCGUGGCAAUGUUUAGUACGUCACUCACAACAAUGGUGGCGUUCUUCGUGAGUGCUUUCUCCUCAUUACUCACACUGCGUUCUUUCGGGACGUUAUCGGGACUGGUGGUACUCAUCAAUUACAUAUCUGUGAUGGUUUUCUUCCCAACUGUGAUAUUGGCCCAUGAAAGCGUUUUUGGAAAGAAGGGCCGAACUCUUCGUUGUUCACGUCUCAUUUCCGUUUUCUCAAAAAGCAACAAUUGCAUGAAAAAGAUACAUGAAGCCAUUGUUGGGUUCUUCGGAGGAAUAUAUUUCGAUGUAAUCACACAUAAAUACGGGAGAUAUGCAAUUAUAGCGGCGUUUGUGAUAUUCACUGGAGGCAUGGGUCUGUCGGUGGCAGAUUUAAAAGAAGACGACUCGGCAACGUCUCAGCUGUUACGGACAGAGAGCCCAUUUGAACAGGGUAGGAUUAAGGCGUCGAAGGAGUUCAAACAGAACGCGUACGACCUCAAGAUGGACGUGUUCCUUGUUUGGGGUUUCAAGCCGCGUGAUAUGUCAACAUGCAACAAGCUAAGAUACGACUACGAGAAGCCUUGCCCUGGGAAAGAAGCCAUGGACGACCAUUUUCAACUAGAGUCUCCUAAAACGCAGAUGGCCCUUCUCGAGCUGUGCCAAUCUCUGGAACACGCAAAUGCCUCCCUGGUCGAGAAGCUCAAGUUGAAGAGAGACCAAGCCACAAACAAAUACACCGUCGUCUGCAUCAUGGAAGCCUUCGACACUUACCUGCGAGGCCUGUCCAGUAAGCUCAUGAUCAACAUCACCCUCCCGGUCACCAAGGGGAAGCUACAGCCUGUCUUACCUCUGCUGAAGAUGGCCGGGAUAUUAGAUGUUGACAUUGACAAGCUAACCACGCCAUUCCAAACAUUGCUCUGGAUAUUUCUCGAGAAGUCAGAUUUUGCUCAGCAACUGAACAAACUUGCUGGCUUCAAAGAGUUAACGGACCAGGAGAAGAAUGAAUCCAUCGGGACAUACAAGGGCGAGGCGUUGUUUAAUCGCCAGCUUCGCUACAUUAGCAUCCUGGUACCCACCUCAAGAUCCAUCAUGGCCAUCGGUAUUGAUGAGGGGAUCAAAAUGAUGAACAACUGGGAAAGUUACACGGAUGCCAAGGUGUCCACUCUGCCGGAAGGGUUGAAAGGAGGUUUUCAAGUAUCCCAGAACUGGUUCCUUCUCAAUAUGAAAGAGAGACUCGUCAUGAACGCCGUGAUCGGUGUAGGAGUAUCUCUCGGUCUAGCAUUCACCCUACUGCUGAUAACCACACGAAACAUCAUCCUAGCUCUCAUAUCUCUCAUAACCUUGAGUGCCACUGUGGUCUGUGUGAUCGGAAUCAUGCCCGUUAUGAACUGGAAGCUUGGGCCCCUAGUCGCCCUAAACAUGUGUUUCGUGGCCGGGCUAGCCGUCGACUACAUCGUACACGUGAUCGAAGGCUUCCAACUCUCCGACUACCAUACCCGCCAUGAUCGGAUACAAGAGUGUUUACGUCACGUGGGAAUCUCCGUCAUUUCCGGUGCCAUCACUACCCUGGGAUCCUCCUUCUUCAUGCUGUUUGCCAAAAUAAACUUCUUCAUGCAGUUUGGGUGGUUUAUUUUUUGUACCAUCGGGACGUCCCUGAUGUUCUCGCUGUUUUUUUUGCCUGCGUUGUUGAGUGUGGUUGGUCCAUCAGGCGAUCAGGGGUCAGUUAUGGCUCUCUGUAAAUCACGGAAGAAAGAAAGUGAUACGAGGACAGAUCCAAGUUUAUGAUAUGCCUGCCAUGUACUCAAUAUAGUUUUAAAAAUAGUUUUGUGUCUUUUAUCGAGAGUGACCAUUUACCAAAUGUUGUUACACUGAGAGUGACCACUAUGCAGUGCCAUUUUAUUGGAAUAUGCAGCGUUUAAUAUUUUGUAUUCACGUGUAUUUAUUGAUUGUACGAAGAUGCACUAAUAUACA